UUGAACCUUUAGUCCUUUCUAUGAACUUCCUGGAAGGGGAGGGAAGAUUGGGACCCUUCAAAAACGUUGAGCUGCAGGAUUUUUUCUGAGUUUCUACAGUGAGGGAAAUGGGGUAAGGCAGUAGUCCCAGAGAGAGCAUGGGAGCUUCAGGGUAACUCCUCAGGCUUCCAACUACCUUCUCCAUCUGCGCCUCCAGCUGACUCUCUUCACCCCUCCCACUACUAAAACCUCACGUGGCCAAGCUUGGCAACAGCUACAGAUUCUCUUCAGAAGGAAGAUUUUGCGAAGGACCCAUGACUCUGAGUCCUGCUUCCCUGCAUCUCUUCCUACGCUACAGCCAUGCCUCGGUCCAGCCAUGCAAAGCCUUCCAAAUCAGUCAGGAUGGAUUUACACAAAAAGGAAAGCAGCCUGAAGAACACAUUAAAGCGAGUGGCCAAACGUAAGUUGUCAGGGAAAAUGAACCCUGGAAAACUGAAGGAAUUAAUUCAAAGAAGAGAUGGUAAGAAAGAAACAGAAGACAAAACCUCCACACCUUCCAGAAGUCCUCUGACCAGAGCUGGGGCAGCCCGAAUGAAUGAGGAUAGGAACCAAGAUCUUUUUCAGAAUCCAGAGUCCUUAACUUGCAAGGGGUUUACAAUGGCUCUCAGAAGAACCUCUCUUAGCAGGCGACUCUCCCAGUCCCCAGUAUUUACGCCCAAACGUAAGAAAGUGCCAUCUUCUAAGAGUGUUUCAGAACAGCAGUGUAAUCCUAAUACCCAGGAUGACACAGUGGUAGAGCACUCAGAAAAUGAUUCAGUCCCCAGCCAAGACCCCAUUACGUCCCCAGACACAGAGAACCUCAUUGGUGAAGACAGCUUAUGUUUAGUUGAAGAUGAAAUCCAAGAGAUAACCCAGUCUUUGCCUCAAAGGGUAGAAGAGUCCCAAAGCUGUCCUCCCACAUAUGGCAGUCCUACAACAGAUACACUUUCUGGGCCACCAGAAGGGACACACUGUGAAGGACUACUCUCUCCUCAGACAUCAACUGAUGUCAGCACGUCCCCUCAGGAGUGUGCUCCUUUGCCUCAAAGAUCAACUCCCGAAGACACCUCUCAGAAAAACACUAGCAAUCAGUUUGAAGACUUGGGGUCACAAGCAGAGUGUCUUACGCUACCAGAGCCUUCUCCCAUUCCAAUGGGAAGUGAACAUAACUGCUUUCCCAUGUCUAAUUUUAAGAUGCUACCAGAAUUGGAUCUUAAAAACUGCAUGCCUCUUGAUGGGUCUAUAUAUCCCACAGCGCUGAUAAAAUUCUUUUUGGCAGGAUCACAGCCGGAUAUCCUCGGUGCUAAACCCCAAGAAGAACCCCUCAAAACUAACCCAGAUCAAGGCGGGUGCUGCCCAGAUCAGUUUCUGGAUGCCACCUCUGUCCUAGGACAGGCUUUCAGUACUCUCCCACCUCAGUGGGAACUUCCUGGUGCUAACUUAGUUCCUGGUGAGGCCCUGGACAAGGUCUCAGACUCACCAGAAGAUCUUGGUGCUAUUACUUUAGUAAACCAACAAGAAACUAUGAAUGUGCAUAUGGGUCCUUCCUCAGACCUGCCUAUCUUCCUGCCUAACCCUCCAAAUACAGUUGCUACCUACAGUGCUCCUCCUCCCAGGCCUGAGCCCUACAGCUAUGCCUCCUGUGGGCUGGAGGUCCAAGGUGCUAUACCAAUUUUAGCUUUGGACUCAGGAUUUGUUCCCCAACCCCUACCAAAUGCUGAGUUGAGUUCAAUACCUCCAGUCAUAGCUGCAAACGGUAUACAAGACGAGAAGCAGUUUUGUGCAAACCCUUUUGCAGUUAACACACAGGGGUUUGCAAUCGCCUCCGAGAAUGAACUCCAGAAUGCUCCAUUGGAUCUUACCCAGUGCUCUCAGGCUGCUCCCAGCAAAUUGGAAGGAGGGGUGAUUUCUCAGGUCAACACGCCCAGCUCAGCUGAUGUCAAAACCACAGGGAUGGCGACGCCAGUAUCACAGGCCAGUGCCUCUUCUCUUUCACAUAAACCUACACCACCAACUGUGGAGAGGAAGAAACGCAAGCCUUGUGGCGUCUGUGGGCCCUGCCAGCAGAAGACCAACUGUGGCGAAUGUACCUACUGCAAGAACAGAAAGAACAGCCACCAGAUCUGUAAGAUGAGGAAGUGUGAGGUGCUCAAAAAGAGGCCAGAUGCCACCGCAGGGGUUACAAAAGAAAACAAGAGGCCCCAGAGGGAAAAGAAGCCCCAGGUUUCAAAGAAAGACGAUAACAACAAACCAGUAAAUGGCCCCAAGCCAGAGUCCAUGGACUGCAGCCAAUGUGGUCAUGGGGAAGAAGGGCAGAGAUUGGAUUUGAUCACACAUCCCCUUGAAAAUGUAGGGAAGAAUACUGAAAGCAUGACGGGAAUCGAGGUGGGGCAGUGGACGCCAACCAAGAAAGCCCACUUAUCAGGUCAAGUCAAGGGAGACCUCGAUGCAAAUUUAACAGAGGUUGAAAAUUCCCAGCCCUCUGAAGAUGACAGGCAAGAAACUAAACCUUCCCCGAUGUUUGCACAGACCAUAAGAAAUGUCAUGAAAAAUGUGCACUGUUUACCUGCAGACACAAACUUUCUGGUCAACAAAUUGGAUCUUGAAGAAAUUAGCAAGGUAUUGGGAAAUAAUUCCUCUAAAUUGCCAACUGACCCCUCAAACUGCAAUGAUGCCAUGAGCUCCAUCACUUCAGUAGGGGGUUGUGAUCAGUUCAAGGAGACAAAUGACAUCUUGCUCUUCCAUAAGCCUGGCUUGAACUGCCGAUCUGGUGCAGACUCCACUAUCUUCAAUAAUCAUCCUAAUACACACAGUGCUGGCAGUCAGCCCCAUACCCCUGAGAAGGUACCUGGUAAAGAACCUAAAGAUGACUCUCCAGUUCAGCCAAGUCUUUUGUCACUAAUGAAAGACAGGAGAUUGACACUGGAGCAAGUGGUAGCCAUCGAAGCCCUUACUCAGCUCUCAGAGGCUCCAUCAGAGAAUUCUUCACCAUCGAAGUCAGAGAAGGAUGAAGAGACCGAUCAGAGAACGGCUAGUCUGCUUAAUAGUUGCAAGGCUAUCCUUAAUUCUGUGAAAAAAGACCUCCAGGACCCAAAUUCACAAAGGAAGUGUCUUCAGCACAAGGGCACUGUGGUCCUCAAUGGCCAGAAUGCAACGUUCAAAUUGUUGGAUAGCUCAGCUACUAAUCAAGCAUUUACAAAGUCACAUGAACAUUCGAAUUCACUUGUAGCCAGUAGGAAAUGCUUUGCUGGAGGCAAAUCUACCCUUGAUAGUUCUAAGAAUUCAUAUCCAUUGCCAGUAGAAAGUCAUAAUCUGGAAAACUGUUGUCAGCUGCUAAACAGUGAUCAAAAAUUGAAUUCCCAGCAUGAUCAAUUGUGUCACGAUGCACCCUACAGUCAAAUUGAAGAAGAUGUCGCAGCACAAUUAACCCAGCUUGCAUCCACAAUUAAUUACAAUCUUACAAAUCCAGAGAGUGAGAAUACUGAAAGUCCACCCGGGAGCCUUGCUGCAAAGACUAUACAGCAGAAACAUAGUCAGGAGAAAGGCAUGGCACAACAGAAACCACCUUCAAGUAUACAAAACAAACCUAGCAUACCGCCAGCAAAGCCAAAGAACAAGAACAGGAAAAAAGCAAAACCGACCCCCAAAGCAGACAAGCAGAAAAAGGAACCCCCUGUCCUUAGCUCUCAAGAAAAUGAUCAGAAGGAACAAGAGCAGCUUGCAACGAACUAUGGUAAAAUGCAUGACAUCUGGAUGUCAUCCAAAUUUCAAAGGUUUGGCCAGUCUGGUCCACAUGAUGCUCCUGUUCAUUUGGGAAAUAUCCCUAUCUUUGACCAAAUAGCAAUAUUGGGGGUUCAUAGAAAAAUAUCCUCACAACACAAUACGCUAUUUCCUCCUGUCAAUCAGAUAAAAUUCACAAGAUCCUCUGAUUUGGCAAAGGAGGAAGUGAAAGUUGAGCCACUGGAGUCGCUAACACCAUGCCACUUCAAGACAGAAUCCAGCGGGCAGGCAUUUGCAGACCUGGCAGAUGUAUCUCAGGUAGAGCCCAGAGUGAACAUCGGUGAGAAAGCUCACCCUCUGCCACAGCCUUCCCCUCCAUCUAUCCAGUGUGCUAACAUGCCUGGUGCUGAUAGAACACAAUUUCACCUAGGCGCUCAAGAGAACCUGGUGCAUCAGAUACCACCAACGUUGCCUGGUACCUCUCCAAAGACACCUGUUCCAGAGCUCGGGUCCAUCCUCAGGAAAGACAAUGUGUCAAGUAGCAAUGUAAUUGGUCUGACUUCAAAGUGGACACCAGGAAAACCAAGGAAUGGUCCACUGGGGGACUCUACCACACAAAGUGCAGUUGCAGAUUUAAACGAGACCAUCAAGAACUGCCUUGGCGAACCUGCAAAAUGGCUGCUACCUGGAGUGAAUGAGGAGAAAGAAUCUGACCUGGAAAGGCCCCCCUGUGACUGUAAAGAUCAAUCAGACAAAGGCCCAUAUUAUACACACCUGGGGGCAGGACCAAGUGUUGCUGCUAUCAGGGAACUCAUGGAGAAUAGGUACGGCGAAAAGGGAAAGGCAAUACGGAUUGAGAAGAUAGAGUAUGUGGGGAAAGAGGGCAAGAGCUCACGGGGCUGCCCGGUCGUGAAGACUGUACUUAGAAGAAACAAUGAUGACGAGAAGGUUCUCUGUUUGGCCCGGCAACGUGUAGGCCACCACUGCCAGACAGCUGUGAUGGUUGUGGUCAUCGUUAUUUGGCAAGCCAUCCCUCGACCACUGGCUGAUUAUCUGUACGAUGAGAUCACAGAUAACUUAAGAUGCUACAGCGGGCAUCCCACUGACCGAAGAUGUUCCUUCAACGAAAAACGUACCUGCACCUGUCAAGGCCUCAAUCCAAGGACAUGUGGUGCAUCUUUCUCCUUUGGCUGCUCAUGGAGCAUGUUUUUAAACGGCUGUAAGUUUGGGAGAAGCCCAAACCCUACAAAAUUCAAACUUGCUCCAAACUAUCCAUUAAAUAACUACUAUAAUAGAAUUACUGGAAUACUACGUAGAGCCAAAAUAAGACGUAGAAGAAGAUAUUUGAGACCUCUGAAACCUAGAUGGAUGAUUCUGGAACAACAGGCCCAGGAAAAAAGGAUUGAACUGACUUUGAACAAAAUGGCUGACAUGUUAGCUCCAAUUUAUAAGCAGAUGGCUCCAACUGCUUAUCAAAAUCAGGUGAAAUAUGAAGAUGUUGCUGGAGACUGUAGACUUGGUACUAAGAAAGGCCGUCCUUUUUCUGGUGUCACCUGUUGCAUGGACUUCUGCGCCCAUUCUCACAAGGAUAUUCAUAACAUGAUUAAUGGAAGCACUGUGGUUUGUACUUUGCUUCGAGAAGAUGCCCGAGACAGGAAGAAUCCCCAGGAUGAGCAAUUCCAUGUCCUUCCACUACAUCGGCUGGCAGACACUGAUGAAUUUGGCUCCCGGGAGGGGAUGGAAGCUAAGAUCCGCUCUGGGGCCAUCGAAAUCAUUAAGCCAUCCAUGAGGAAGCUACUGCAUUUCAAUGAGCCUAUUCCUCGAUGUGGGAAGAGGAGGACCACAAUGAAGGGGCAGAACAAAAAUCCAGCUGCUGAAGAAGUCAAAAAGAAGAGGAACUCUUCUACAGAUUCCCCUGUGGAUGCUGAGCCUCGGAUGCACUUCCACAGCGGUCUUCAUGAGCCGGAGGCACACUAUGCAGCAGACGAGCCUCUCUCAGACGACCAGUCGUCCGACGAAAUUAUCAUCAGUCAGACUGAGUUUCUGUCAGACAGUGAGGAGGUCUACUAUGAUCCUAGUUUUGGUGGAGUGGCGAUAGCAGUUACUCAUGGCUCAGUGCUGAUUGAAUAUGCCCGGGGGGAACUUCAUGCUACCACCGCUCUGAGAAAUCCCAGCCGAUCUAAUCCUACACGUUCAUCCCUUGUAUUCUACCAGCACAAAAACCUGAAUAUGCCCAACCAUGGUUUUAAUCAGUACAGGGUUAAAUAUAAACCCCAAGAUUUAAUAAAAAAAAAGCCCUUAGACCGGGAGGGUCCUGAUUUAUCCUUGGAUGCCAAUUUACUCCACACAAUUCCUUCUCGUAUUGCACCGACCUUAACCCAUGACAAUGUUGUCACUGUAUCCCCUUACGCUUUCACUCACAUUGCAGGACCCUACAACCACUGGGUCUGAAGGCUUUUCUCCCAUAAUGCCUUUGCUAGUGCAGUGUGUAGUUUCUACGGUGCUGAUCAAAAGAAAAUCACAUUGGUGUUUACUGUGUCUUCAUUUCACCCAUUUCAACUCCGAGGUAAAAUUUAAAAGGGGGACUUAACUGUGACUAUAUUUUGAGAAUUGGUGGAAGGCAUACAUUUUCAGCAAAAAUAAAAGUUUUAUAGUUUAAAUACAUAAAUAUCUUGGUUAAGUGUUGACCAUGAUAGAAUCAUAGUCUGGUGCUUCAAAUUAAGUUUGUUUACUAUGAAGAGGAUUUUAACAGGUUCCUGCAAUAAGUUGUAAAAACCAAGAUACAGUGUUAACUCUAUACAUAAGUUCCUGGUGCUUAACCACAUCAACACAUGUAGUAAUGAGCUGAAUGAGUAUGUCAUGGUGCCAUCCUUCCAGCAUCUUCUGAUCAUUGCUAUCAUGUCUGCAUAUUUCUUUGAAAUAAACCAAUGAAAUGCUUUUUCUCUUAAAA